AUGGACUGGGAUAAUGGAGAUUGGGGCGGAUUCCAGAACCCUGGAGUUUGCGCUCACAAGUCCGAGAACUGUCGGGAAGCAUGCCAUACACCGCCUGUCGUCAUAUACACCUACUAUCUUCAUGGUACGGUGUUCUUGAAUAACCAUGACUGGAACGGCAAGCCCGCGACCGUCUAA